AUGGCUCCUUUGCAGAAAGUGGUCGUGGUAUACGGUGCCACUGGUGUCCAGGGAAGGUCCAUCUCCCUCUCUCUCCUCAAGAGCCAGCAGAACUUCGUCGUCCGGGCGCUUACACGGAACCCUCAGUCGGAAAAGGCCAAAGAAUUGGCUCGCCUAGGAGCUGAGGUGGUUAAGGCUGAUGGAUUCAACGACAACGACAUGCAGAAUGCCCUGUCCGGUGCCUGGGGAUUCUGGCUUAACACCCACCACCAUGACCCAGCGGUAACGCAACCCGGUGGGCCGACUGACGAGGAUCUCGGCAACCGCCUCAUCGAGAUUGCAGCCAAGGCAGGCGUGAAGGUCUUCAUUUACAGUACCUGCGAGUCUCCUGCGAUAUUUACCAAAGGCGUUGCACCCGUUCCGGGCAUGGAUGCCAAACACCGAUGUGAGUUGUAUGCCCGAACAUUCAAGGAGUUUGACGCCGUCAUUGGCGCCUUCCCCGGGUGGUACUUCGAGAACUAUGUCACUCCCGAGUACGCGCAGGCCUUCGGUGGCUUCCCCAUGUUCCCCGACAACGAGGGCUACCUGACCUGGCACGCUCCCUUGGUAGGUGGCGAAGGCAAGGUCCAAACGGUCUCCAUUGAGGACGAUUUUGGUGAGAUGGUGCACGGAAUGUUUCUGAACCCACUGAAGUGGAAGAACAAGACCAUUCAGUGCGUGAGUGAUGCGUUCACGUAUGAGGAUAUGGUGAAGACCUUCACUGAGGUUACGGGAAAGAAAUCUCGCUACAUUCCCAUGGCCUCAGCGGAUGACUUCCCAACCCAUGGGAACUCUGUCCUCGUUGAGUUGCAGGAUGUCUUCAAGUACACCCAGAAUAACAAUGGCUGGUUCUUCGGUAACCCCGACGACUUCGCAACCUGCCAGUCACUCAAGGACGAGGCCCGCCGGGAUAAGGGUCUUGAGCCGGAGCCGGUCAUCUCCAUGGCUAAGAAACGGAGCGGAAAGCCUAGAAGCUCAGGAAAUGGCGCACUCGCAUCCCACGCUCAGUCUGCUGAGUUGGCCAGGACAAAUACUCCAAAAGCCAAAUCUGCGCAGUGCCAUAACUAG